UUUUUUUAUAAAUUCCACAUUUUUAAAUUUUACUUUUUCCGCCUCAAGAGUGUAUUUAAGUUGUGUCUGGGCUAUACAAAUUUUUAAAGAUAUCCCACCUUUUGGUCAAAAUCAUCAUACAUUUUAUUAUUUCUAUUUCUUUCUCCAUCAUACAAUGCUUGGGCCGCUAGGGAAAAAUUUAUUUUGGUUGAAAUAAAGGGAGGGGUAUUUACCGGCCAAAUCUUUUUCCAUUUUUUUAACUUUCACUUGUUUUUGUUUUUUUCUUUUUCCAACUCAUCCCUAGCAUUUGCCAAAUCGGUCUCCAUCUCUCGAUUAUGCCUAGUACACCCUUUUUCGAAUUCCCGUCUUUUUUUAUUUAUCUGGAUUAUUAGAAUUAGUUUUUAUUUAUUAAGAUUAAAGGGUGCCGGAAUUUUCAUCUCCGGAAUUUUCUUAUCCAAAUUUUCGGAAAUCUAUGCAGUAUAUAUUUAAAUUUCUAUUUUAAUUUCUAUUUCCUAGUUUAUAGUUUUCUACCAGAGUAUAGGUUCCAAAAAGGCUUAGAUAGGUCAAGAAAAUUUUGAAAAGUGGCUCAUUUUUGGGGUAAAAUAAUAAUAGCUGGUCAGAAUUUGAACUGAGUUACCUCCUCAGCUUCAUUAAAUUUUUUCCUUAUUUCAGCAUUUUCCUUCUCAAUACUAGCAAUCCUUCCAGAGUACUCAUCAAUAAUAUUCUUUCUAAUGGCAUUCGAGGCCCCAGCUAAUGGCAUUCGAGGUCCACACGAAACACGCAAAAGAAAAUAUGUUAACCAAGACAACAAUCUUACUGCUAUUCUCAACGAUUUUAACAACCGGGAACCACUAACUUACUUGCGAUCUUGUGCAUACCAUUUGCACUUUUAA